AUUGUGGGUAAUGUCAUGCGCACAAUCGGCCUUUUUUAGACGGCUGGCUUAAGAUUUCACAACGUGGUGUCAAUCAUGCAGCUUAUUGUAAGUGCUCAGCGGUCACAUCUUGUUAACAUUGGUGAUACAGUCACUGUUCAUGAUGUAAAGCUUCAAAUUGAACGGCUUGAGGGAAUCGUAGCAGAUGAGCAGGUCAUUUUCCAUGCUGGUUCCCCAUUGGAUAACUCUGUCAUCUUGGCAAAGACCGACAUUCUUGAACUCUCUACUUUGGAUGUGCAGGCCCGUCUACUUGGAGGUAAGGUUCACGGAUCUCUAGCUCGUGCUGGAAAGGUCAAGGGUCAGACACCAAAGGUUGAUAAGCAGGAGAAGAAAAAGAAGAAGACAGGACGUGCCAAGAGACGUAUGCUCUACAAUCGUCGCUUUGUCAACGUAGUGCAGACCUUCGGCAAGCGCAAGGGGCCAAACUCAAACUCCUAAGCUGGAUUAUAUUUCUCUCAGAAUACAAUUUUAUCAGACCAACAGAAAGCCCCAUACAUCUAACACAGAUUGUAUAAUUUAUUUCUACAUUGCUUUUCUCCGAGUACAGUAGUCAUAAAAUAUCUGACAUAAAUGAUAAAUAAAUUGGCUUAAUAAAAAUAUUGUAAAAGGUA